AUGAAAAGUUCCUCUACCCCAUCAAGCAUUGUGAGGGAAGUACAGUUUGAAGAAAGAGUGUCAGCAGACUCAAAUGUUGAAAAGCCGCGCCACCGGUUCAGAGUUGCGGAGGGGCCCAUCUCUCGAGAGGCCUCCUCAGUGCAGCCUGCGGGUUGCUGCCGUCAGUCAGCGGGGCGACCGGCCAAUAGCCAGCGGGCUGCCGCUCGGGGGUUUUCCUCCGCGCGGGCUCGAGGGGCGGAACCAGGCUGGCGCCGCGGGCCCCUCCUCCCAGGCGGAGGCGGGGCGGGGGAGAUCCUGUCCAGGACAGGCCUCCGCGGCGGGGCGGUCCUGGCGCCGCGGAGCUCUCUUUCCGAGGCCUGCAGCUCGAGGCCUGCCCGCGGGGUUUCUGCUCCCCGCGCGGACUUCGCCCGCAAGGGCGGGCGUGGGGGCGGGGCCUGGCGGUGGGGGCGGGACCAGAGCCGCAGGCCCCUCCUCCGAGUGCGGGCCGGUUGGCGGCGGCAGCGGGGGUCGUCUGCGGCUAGGCUGCGAAGCGCAGCGAGCUCUGGCUCCUCCCAGUGGCCGGCCCAGGCGGAAGCGGGAGGCGGAGGCGGCGUGCGCGCUGCUGAUCUCCUCUCCCGCGGCGCUGGGGCCCGCGCUACCAGGCUGCUGCUCCGCUUGGCGCUUCUCGGGCGGUCGGCUGGUCUCCACGCCCGGCUGCUCUUCGACCAGGCCUUCAUUUUAGCUUCGGCCCACGGUUGCCGACCUUCCCGGUGCCCUCCCGCCCCGUCUCGUACUCUUGCCGCCAUCGCUGCGGCCCGGGCCCCGAUGGCUCUGUGCAACGGAGACUCCAAGCUAGAGAAUGCUGGAGGAGACCUUAAGGAUGGCCGUCACCAUUACGAAGGCGCUAUUGUCAUUCUGGAUGCUGGUGCUCAGUAUGGAAAAGUCAUAGACCGAAGAGUGAGAGAACUAUUUGUGCAGUCUGAAAUCUUCCCCUUGGAAACACCAGCAUUUGCCAUAAAAGAACAAGGAUUCCGUGCUAUUAUCAUCUCUGGAGGACCUAAUUCUGUAUAUGCUGAAGAUGCUCCCUGGUUUGAUCCAGCGAUAUUCACUAUUGGCAAGCCAGUUCUUGGAAUUUGCUAUGGAAUGCAGAUGAUGAAUAAGGUGUUUGGAGGUACUGUGCACAAAAAAAGUGUUAGAGAAGAUGGAGUUUUCAACAUUAGUGUGGAUAAUGCGUGUUCAUUAUUCAG